AUGUCUUCAUUAAUAAUCAAUCUAUUUUCGAUAAGUAAUGAUGAUGAUGAGCAAACUAGCACACAUAGUGAUACUCAAGAAUGUCUGUUUGUCUAUUGGGAUUUAAAGUCAAAAUCAAUAUCACAACACUUUUACUUCAGAUCAUUAAAUAACAAUAUUCCACUACGCCCGCCGCCAACUUCAUCGUCUUCAUCAGCUGCGUCAAGUUCAUCGAAUCAUAUAACAGUAGGCUCGGGCGGCUCGAAAUCGACUAAUAAUGGAAAUAAUACGCGGAAGGACAAAACCACACGGAUGCGUACAGUACUUAACGAAAAACAAUUGUUAACAUUACGUACAUGUUACAGUGCAAAUCCUCGACCGGAUGCACUUAUGAAAGAGCAGCUUGUCGAGAUGACUCAAUUAUCACCACGUGUUAUUCGCGUUUGGUUUCAAAAUAAACGAUGUAAAGAUAAAAAGAAAAGUUUGUUAGCUAAACAAACUCAAGAACAACAAAAAGUUCUGUCAAGUCUUAAUCAUGGUAUUUCAUUGGUCGCUUCAUCGCCCAUUCCAAACGAUAUGAAUCUGGGCUUAGGACCACCUUCACUCGUCGAAGUUCAAUACCAUCCAGGUGGCCCAUGGAAAACUUAUAACGACAGUUACCCGUCGUACACAAAUGACUAUAAUCCUCAUCAUCAACCUUCACAUCGUAUGCAGCGCCAUCCAAAUUUUCAUGAUAAUAUCCUAAGCGGUUUUGCCUCGGAAGACGAUAGCAAUUGUUUCGAUGCUUCACAAUUCAGUGAAGAGCGUAGUGAGAAUAGUUGUGAUGGAAGUGCAAACGGUCAACUAACUCUCUUGUAA